UCUUCUCCUAUCUUUUUCAACUAGUCUAAAUCUUCUAAUGGCUAAAAUCUCCUCCCUAACAACCUUAUUCCUCAUUACAAUUUGUUACAUUAGUGUAACAACUAGCGCCUUCGCUCCUCGGGAUUACUACGAUGCACUCCAGAAAUCGAUCCUAUUUUUCGAGGGUCAGCGGUCAGGGCUGCUGCCACGAAGUCAGCGGCUUAAUUGGAGGGGUGACUCUGGAUUGUCUGAUGGCGCUUCUUACCACGUGGACCUAGUAGGAGGUUAUUAUGAUGCAGGGGAUAAUGUUAAGUUUGGCUUGCCAAUGGCCUUCACUACAACAAUGCUGGCGUGGAGUGUUAUCGAGUUUGGAAGCUCGAUGCAUGACCAGGUUUCAAAUGCUAAAGCUGCCGUUCGUUGGGGCGCUGAUUAUCUACUUAAGGCAGCAGCCACCCCAGGCACCUUAUAUGUUCAAGUGGGAGAACCAAACCUGGACCAUCAGUGUUGGGAAAGGCCAGAGGACAUGGACACGCCACGGAACGUAUACAAGGUGUCCACACAAAAUCCAGGAUCUGAUGUAGCAGCUGAAACUGCAGCAGCCCUGGCUGCAGCUUCGAUUGUUUUCAAGGAUUCCGAUCCUUCUUACUCGAGCAAACUACUUCACACGGCUAUUCAGGUGUUUGAUUUUGCAGACAAGCAUAGAGGCUCUUACAGUGAUUCUCUGAACUCUGUCGUCUGCCCAUUUUACUGCUCUUACUCAGGUUAUCAGGAUGAGCUCCUGUGGGGUGCAGCAUGGAUUCAUAAGGCUUCCGGCGACUCCUCGUACUUGUCCUACAUUCAGUCCAAUGGCCACAUAUUAGGUGCUGAAGAGGAUGAUUUUUCUUUUAGUUGGGAUGAUAAGAAAGCUGGCACCAAAGUCCUUCUUGCUAAGGACUUUCUGCAGGAUAGAGUAGCAGAUUUUCAGGUGUACAAAGCACACGCCGAUAACUUCAUAUGCUCCUUUAUACCAGGAGCAAACGAUUAUCAGGCCCAAUACACUCCCGGAGGACUCUUAUUCAAACAAAGUGACAGCAAUCUCCAAUAUGUCACAACAACAUCAUUUCUCUUAUUAGCAUAUGCCAAGUACCUUGGUAAAAACGGAGACAUAACCUCGUGUGGCUCCUCAAUAAUCACAUCAAAGAAGCUAAUCUCCGUGGCCAGGCAGCAAGUUGACUAUAUUUUGGGUGACAAUCCGGCAAAAAUGUCAUACAUGGUAGGAUUUGGCAACAAAUACCCACAACGUAUCCAUCAUAGAGGAUCGUCCCUGCCAUCUGUACACACACAUCCUAGUCGCAUUGGUUGCAAUGAUGGGUUCCAAUACCUCAACUCCGGAUCACCAAAUCCUAACGUACUAGUCGGAGCUAUAAUAGGCGGUCCAGAUUCCGGAGAUAAGUUUUCAGACGACAGAAACAACUAUAGACAGUCUGAACCAGCAACUUAUAUCAAUGCACCAUUUGUUGGAGCUGCUGCUUUCUUUUCAGCGUACAAUGAACGAUCCUAACAUUACUACAUUAGCAUCGAUAAUAUAAGAUUGGAAUUAGUAUGUAUUUAUGAACAAGAUUGACCAUUCCUUAAAGAAAUGCAAGAAAAUUGGUCAUUCUUCUUAUUAAAGUAAUAGAAUCAAUAUCAAAUUUCGUCAGGUUUGAAACAAAAAUCACUCUUUGUUCAUCCUUCGAUUUAUGCUCUGUACAACUUUGAAUUACUUAACAUAUGUUACAUGAAUAACAGAAAAAUAACAUAGGUUUUACUGUUAAACAAAACCUAAUUAUGAAAACAAAAAAAAUAAAGUGAAGAAUAGCGAAAUUAAAUUAUCCAAAAACAAAACCCUGAAAAAUAAAAUAAUACAAAAUCAAGAAUCUGGAAAGUAAAAUGAGAGAGUGAUCAUCAACGUACCUUGUUCAAAGAGCCAAAGGCGCGAUUUUUAAACCAACGCAAACCCGUCAGUCCG